CCGGAAGUGACGUCCUUUCUCUGCGCCGCAGCGGGGAUCUUUUCCCCCUUCUUUUCAGGCGGACCCGCGUGUGUCGUUGAGGGGAGUGCCAUGGCGCCCGGAGCGCAAGCGGGAGGCAGCGGCGGGAGUUCCAGCGCGGUGUCGCCUGAAGGGCUCCGGGGCUGGUUCCGUGGGGCCUACCGCUUCGCCACCGACCGCAAUGACUUCCGCAGGAACCUCAUAGUUAACCUGGGUCUGUUUGCACUGGGUGUCUGGGUGGCAAGAAAUUUAACUGACAUUGAUUUGAUGGCUCCACAACCUGUUCCAUAGCAGAGAAGAUUCAUGCAAAGACCGAGAUCCACCAAGAGACGGUAAAUAGGAUGUCUAUCUCUGCCCUGACCAUGGGUUUGGCUACAAUCAACCAGUCAUCUAUAUAAAGGAACACCAUAGUACCACGAAGUCUGAGGUUGGCGGUUGCUGGUACCAUGCACUUUGCGAAAAUCCUGGAUGCUCAGAAAGAUCAAAAGGGAGCUGUUUGAACUGGCAAAUACUGUUGUUCAAUAUGAAAUGUAGGAAACAGCGAUGGUGCAAAUGGAUGGUAAUGUGGAAAUAAACAUCUUUGAGACUGAUCACAA